GUUGGUCGGUUCGAAAGUUGGUUGGUCGGUUUGUUGGUUGGGUUCCCGUUGACACAAUCCACCGGGCGUCACCAUUAUUUCGGUGGAGCAGCCGAAUACGAUGAGGAUCAUUCGCUUGUUGCACGCGACCGCGAGUGGACGUGUUUUGGUGGAUGAUGUGAUUGUGAUUGGCGAAUACGAAUAGACGCGUGCGAAGCGAGCGAACGCGUUUCUGUGCGUGCUUCCGGUUACCGGAAAGUGGAGGAGAGAUACGCACAUGUGCACAAAUACAUCGCGGGGGAGGAUAUAAACGGAUCGUUUUAUGAUUUAUGCUACACCCCCAGGAGACACUUAUUGGGUUGCCGGCGGGAACGUGUAAUGUGUGGAAGUGGUAAUUAACGCGGGCUGCGAUUUGAAAAGAGUCGACUCAUAACAAUGCCAUUUUUCUCGCGCUAAUGUGACGUGAAACCCGCUAAUGCAACCCGCUGUGGAAAUAUUCGCGUAGCGGAAGGAGAAGCUGCCAUAAUGAACUCAUCCCCGGGGUGUGUGUGCUGUUUGCUUCCAUUCUUUCAUUAGGAUUGGAACCGGGAAAAAGGGUGGGGGAGGAUUUCGGUGACUUACUAAGCGUGUGUUACUAACCGGUGUGUUCCGCAAACGAAAACGUGAAAAAAGCCAGUGAUUGAUUGCUGUGAUAUGUCGGCUGGGAGGCGCGAUUGGGACAUGAUAUCGCAUUCUUCCGCUGAUGUUAGACUUUUAUUCAAUCACGCGAGCAGAUUCCUGUCAACCCUGAUUGAUUAGUGCAAUUAAUAUACAGAAGUGGAAGUGCUAUUCGGAGGGAUGGAUUAAUUUUGCACAUCAUAAAUGUGGGCAUCAAAGUGUCUUCGGAGGGUGACAAAAUCGAACGAAAUAGCGGACACAUUGAUGGAGUAGGGUCUCGGUCUAGGAAAUCACAUAUUUAUUCAUCUGGUCUCGAGUGUCUGUCUCAUAUUCAAGCUAUAGAAAUAAACUCCGUGAAGUGAAAGAGUUCAUUCCCGUUUAUAAGAGACAUGUCAGCUGCAUAGUUUCGGGCGUUUAAACGUUAUGUCGGUUGCAUAAUUUCGGACGUUUGAACGUUAUGCAGUGUUGGCAUGAAAUUUAAUUAAAUUUUUCACAGUGACUCAAAGUGAUACAACAGAGAUGGAGAGUCGAAUGUCGAAUUUUGUGCUUUCAGCGAUUGGCAGUGACACGGUGCGUAAUUUGCCAGUUUAACAAAUUGACGUUCAUUUGAAGUUGCGCGACGAUCUGUGAAGAGCGGAAAAACGUCUCUGCAAUGGGUGUCAAUUCGUCACGUCAUGACGUGAGCCUGCUCUCGGAUGAGGACGUGAAUUUCGACCACUUCCAAAUCCUGCGGAACAUUGGCAAAGGCAGCUUCGGAAAGGUCUGCAUCGUCCAGAAGCGUGACAGCGGGAGUCUCUUCGCUAUGAAAUACGUCAGUCGGAAUGCCUGCAUCGGUCGGGGAGCCCUCGGCGGAGUACUCAAGGAGGUGGAGCUCUUGGCAUCGCUGGAGCAUCCGUUCCUGGUUAAUCUGUGGUUCUCAUUCCAAGACGAGGAGGACCUAUUUAUGGUUUGCGAUCUGCUGGCCGGAGGCGAUUUGCGUUAUCACCUGAACCAUCAGGUGCAGUUCUCGGAAGCCAGCGUUGCCUUAAUGGUGUGUGAAAUCGGUUCUGCACUGGAUUACUUGCAGAAGCAUCGAGUCCUGCACAGGGAUAUCAAACCGGAUAACAUUCUGCUGGAUGAGGAAGGACACGCACAUCUCACCGACUUCAACAUCGCAACCCGGCUGCCACCGGAUGGGUUGGCCUGCAGUAUGUCUGGCACCAAGCCCUACAUGGCUCCGGAGGUAUUUAUGUGUGCCUUAGAGGAGAUUGCCGGCUACAGCUACCCGGUGGACUGGUGGUCCCUCGGCGUCGUGGCGUACGAGAUGCGCUCCGGAAUGCGCCCGUUUGUGGUGCACUCGGCGACGCCACUGGUCGAGGUGAAGAACGUUCUCAACACCCAGCCGCACUAUCCACGCCACUGGGGGGACAACUUUAUCGAUCUGCUCGGCAAGCUUCUCAGCGUCCAUCCGGGGGCCCGCAUCAGCAGCCAGCGGGAGCUGCAGCAGACGAAGCUGCUCCGGGGCACCAACUUCGAGCGGAUUCUCGACAAGAAAACCAACCCCCCCUUCAAACCCUCGAAGGACCACCUGAACUGCGAUCCCAGCCUGGAGCUGGAGGAGAUGAUCAUCGAGACGAAACCACUGCACAAAAAGAAGAAACGGCUGGCGAAGCAACGCUCGGUCCACCGUCGGGACAACCCAAACCAGCCCCAGCAGGAUCAGCUAAGUCAGCUGGAUCGACGGUUGCUGGAGGAGUUUCUGGUGUACAACCGGUUCAAGGAGCAGAAACGGAAAGCGAUGGAACUGAAGGAGUCCGAGUGGCAACAGGAGUUGGAUGAGGCGAUGGCUAGCUCCGAAGCUGUGGUCGGGUCGGAAUCCAAGGAAGCCCUGCGGCUGGACACGAUCAGUGAGGGGAAGAACGAUGAAGGGGAAGAGGUGCCGGAGAAGCCUAACCCACUCACAUCUGAUGAGAAUAGUCACGACAUUAGCAACAACAAUAACAACAAUGUUAAAGGGAACGAUCCGGAAAAGGAACAGCAGCAGGCGGACAGUUUGGACUACAUUGAUCGUACGCCUUCCCCAAAGCCGAGCAUUUAGUGACAUUUAGUUCCUAUCCCGAUCAAUUAACGUUUGUUUGCCUGAAAACAGGCGUUCCGACAGCUUCUUGUGAUACAUAAAGACGUUUAUGGGUUAAUGCAUUGUUACAGAAAACUUUAAAGAUCCAACAGUUCCAAACUUCUCAUUUUGUGUCUAUUAUCCUUCACUUAACCAUAUUGGCAGAGUUAAGACGAUGAACGAGACUGAGAAUGUAAGUCAUAGGGCAAUCACAGUAGGCGUGGUGAGUGGAAAGCACAGAAACAAAUACAAGUCAAAAACACCAUUGUGAAUACAACUAAAUCUAAGUAGGCACCGACCCCCCAACCGUUCUCUCGGUGGGGAAGAAAUCCAAACAAUCAAUCAAUCUCCUUUAUCCGCGCUAGUCACCGCACCAAGAGGCGGAAGCUUACUAUCGUAGUGAAUUAUAUACAAAAAUUUAAUUAUAUUUAUCACAGAAAAAAGGUAAAUGGUGAAGUAGAUGAACAGGCAAAUAAUAGCAAAUCUUAGAGGAAGCACGUAGUCAAAGGCGUACUUAGUAUUCACGGCGCUCUCCUGAGGAUGAAAGUAUUCGAUUCGGUGAAGUGAUUUGUCAAUUUUCCCAGAAAGUGGAAUAAAAUCGAUUUAGGAUAGAUAA